AUGAAUAAAUAACAAUAAGAAGCUAUUUAGAAAAAUCAUUAUGGUAAACUAGAAUUUUGGGAAAGAAGAUAUUCAGAGUAUAGUUUAGAAUUAUUCUAGAAAUGAUAAACCAUUUGAAUGGUAUUAAAAUUAUGAUAACUUAAAAGACAUUGUUACAUAAUAUAUUAAUUAAAAUAGUCGUAUUCUCAAUAUUGGAUGUGGAAAUUCAAGUAUCAUAAUUAAUACUCCAAUCCAUAGAUAUACCUGAAGAUAUGUAUAAAGAAGGUUAUUAAUGGAUUGUUAAUCUAGACUUUUCUAAAACAGUUAUUGAAUUUAUGAAAGAAAAGUAUAAAUCUUAUCCUGCUCAUUUUUAAUGUAUCAAAAUAGAUAUAUAAAGAUGUAUUGGCUGAUGCAAGAGAAUUACCAUUUCCAAAUGAUUCAUUUGAUUGUGUAUUUGAUAAAGGAUUAUUGGAUGCAGUUUUAAGUGGAGACUAUUCAGCAUAAAAUUCAAAAAAAGUCAUAAAUCACAUCUAUAGAGCCCUUAAAAAAGAUACUGGUGUUUAUAUUAUUAUAUCUCAUGGAUUCCCUGAUUAAAGACUUCCAUAUUUAAGUAAAUCUGAAUAUAAUUGGAAAAUUACAUACAGCAAAGUAUAUAAACCAGAUGUCAGAACCAAAAGUUUGGAAUUCGAUGCUACAGAUCUAAAUAAUUAUCAUUUCAUAUAUGUUUGCAAAAUGGAUAGAUAUCAAGGUUAAACUGCUGCUUAAGUCAUUGGAAUUUGA